AAUCAAAAAAAAAUAAAUAAAAUAAGAAAUUAAAAUGACGAGGGGCACGCGUGUAAUCGUCAACUCAGAAGGGUCACAUUCAUAUGAAAUGAUUUCGGAGCCUGAAAAUGAAGACGUAGUAGAAAUAGAUCAAUGGUCAACUGCGUCUGCCAAGUCCGAGAGUCACAACCGCACUGCAAUAUUAAUUUUGGACUACAAACAGUUUAUAGCUGCGAGAUGCAUACAAGCUUUGUGGCGGGGCUAUCAGACGCGCAAGAAGGGGGCUAAUCUGUUGCGGGCAGCAAUUACCAUACAGCGUUGGUGGCGCGGCUUCCGAGUGCGCAACAAUUUCAUAGAUCGCAUAGAAGAACAAUUAACGCAGGCGGUGAGCGAUCAUUAUAAUCAGUCAGCAACAAAAAUUCAGGCUGUCUACCGCGGUUGGAAUGUACGACAAACGGUGCACGAUGUCUACAAUCUGCAACGAAUGCAACGCUGCGCCGCCGAGGAGCUGCUCAGCUGUUGCGCCUACAGGCUGCAUCAUCUGCUGCGCACCUACUCGAUACCAGGCGUCUACUCUCUGCAUAAUUCGCACUGUUUGUCGAAGGUGGAGAAGCUGCUGAGUAGUAUCUCGUUUCGCUUUCACAAUAUUCGCGUCUUGCUUAAUUCGGCGCGAAUGCUCUCAUUAGUCAAGGCGCAACGCGAUAAGUUUAAGAACAGCAUCCACCACACGGAGGUGCCCUUUUCCGGGCCCAAUUACAACAGCCUGUGCAAUCCGCCGUGCGAGGACACGAUGUACAGCAAGGACAUGGAUCGUCGCAUGUACCAAAUUAUUGCUGAAUAUGAAAAGACUCAAUUGGAUCCACGGUUGCACCAGGCACAAAAAUCCAUGGCUAACCGUAAAUUCCGUAAGCAUGUGGGGAAUAUAUUGGCUCAGCGCAAUAAAAUGCAGCGGGACUUUUGCGGCGAUGUCAUCCACAGCAUGCGUAAGUGGAAGAUUUGGGAUGAUAGAAAUCUGACAAUUAGCCGAGACAUUUUAGUCAAUCCCGGGAAUAUCAACAGUUUUCUCGCCGAUGUCUCAGAUAUAAUGCAGGAGCACGAUGUCCGCACUUGCCACUGCAAAAUAUCCAUCUUUGAUACACUUCAAUGUUUUUGAAUUGUCCCAUCGCAGACCAAUUAAUAAAUGAGUAAAGUAAAGUUA